AUAAAAAAUAGAAUAAAGAAUCUCCUUCCUGCAGCGAGAUCUUUCCGGCGAAGGCAAAGAGCCAAAGAGUGGGGCGGGGUGGCUGCUUUCGGCCGCGGCUCGUCUUCUUAUUGGAUAAGAGAAGCGAACUCGAGACCCAAAGAAACGAAGCAAGGAGAUGGCCCUGCCGAAUUCCUCCUGUGUCGCGGCGCCCGCUGCUUCCCCUUUCAAAACCCUCGCCGGAAACCCUCCCAAAACCCUCCGCCUCCCCUCCCGAAUCCCCCUUCUCUCCUCUUCUUUUGCUUCUUCCAAGAAGUUUAGGAGGCUCGUCGGCACCUGGAACUCUCCUAAGGCCGUCUACUCGAGCGGCUCCUGGGCGCCGGAUCGAUCUCAGAGGGAAGGGAUUUGGGGAUUCAGGGAUGAUUUGGUAGUACCGUCGUCUCCCUACUUUCCGGUGGAAGCCCAGGGAGGGCAGGGGCCGCCACCCAUGGUGCAGGAGCGGUUCCAGAGCGUCAUCAGCCAGCUCUUCCAGCAUAGGAUUAUACGUUGUGGUGGACCUGUGGAUGAUGACAUGGCGAACAUUAUCGUGGCGCAGCUUCUCUACCUGGACGCUGUGGAUCCUACCAAGGAUAUUGUCAUGUAUGUGAAUUCUCCAGGAGGAUCAGUUACAGCUGGCAUGGCAAUUUUUGAUACAAUGAGGCACAUCAGGCCUGAUGUCUCUACUGUUUGUGUUGGGCUUGCAGCUAGCAUGGGUGCUUUUAUUCUCAGUUCUGGCACCAGGGGGAAACGGUAUAGUUUACCAAACUCCAGGAUAAUGAUUCAUCAACCUCUAGGAGGAGCUCAAGGUGGACAAACUGAUAUUGACAUCCAGGCAAAUGAGAUGCUGCAUCACAAAGCUAAUUUGAAUGGGUAUCUAGCAUACCAUACCGGCCAAAGCUUGGAAAAGAUCAACCAAGAUACUGACCGGGACUUUUUCAUGAGUGCAAAAGAAGCUAAGGAGUAUGGUCUAAUUGAUGGUGUGAUCACGAAUCCUUUAAAAGCUCUUCAGCCACUAGCAGCUUCUGACCUGUAAAGACCAGCUGUAUCGGUGCAAUGAAUCCAUGUUGUCAUGAUGUGCGUGUAGCCAUUACUUGGAUGGAAUGUUUGUCACUGACUUAUCAUGCACGUAAGGAGAACUUUCUUCUUUGUAUUGCAGAAAGUUUGCAUUUACCAAGCUUUUAGUUUAGGAAGCAACGUGUCCUGUCAGUUUUUCGAACAACUUCUGUACUGUUAUAUUGAAAUUAUAGAUAUCAGCCUUACAAGUAGCUUCAAAA